CAGCCUCUCUGCACUGAGAUGUGAGUCACAGAUCAGAGCUCAAACUGGUUGCUGUUUUCAGUAAACUCACACAGACACUGUAAAUAAGAGCCAGAAUGGAGCACAACCAGCUGGAUCAAGAAACUUUAUGCUGUUCAAUCUGUUUGGAUCUACUGAAGGAUCCGGUGGCUAUUGCCUGUGGACACAACUACUGUAUGAACUGCAUUAAAACCCACUGGGAUGAAGAGGAUGAGAAAGGAAUCCACAGUUGUCCUCAGUGCAGGGAGACAUUCACACCGAGGCCUGUGCUAAAGAAGAACACUAUGCUAGCAGCUUUAGUGGAGCAGAUGAAGAAGACUGGGCUCCAAGCUGCUCCUGCUGAUCACCGCUAUGCUGGACCUGAAGAUGUAGCCUGUGAUUUCUGCACUGGAAGAAAAUUGAAAGCCAUCAAGUCCUGUUUAGUCUGUCUGGCCUCUUAUUGUGAGAAACACCUUCAGCCUCAUUAUGACGUGGCUCCUUUAAAGAAACACAAGCUGGUGGAACCGAACAAGAACCUGCAGGAGAACAUCUGCUCUAAGCAUGGUAAGGUGAUUGAUAUCUUCUGCCGCACUGAUAAGAAGUGUAUCUGUUAUCUCUGCACUAUGGAUGAACAUAAAGGCCACGACACAGUGUCAGCUGCAGCAGAAAGGACUGAGAGGCAGAGAGAGCUGGAGGAGAGACGAGGAAACAUCCAGCAGAGAAUCCAGGACAGAGAGAAAGAUGUGAAGCUGCUUCAGCAGGAGGUGAAGGCCAUCAAUCACUCUGCUGAUAAAACAGUGGAGGACAGUGAGGAGAUCUUCACCCAGCUGAUCCGUCUCCUCCAGAAAAGAAGCUCUGAGGUGAAGCAGCAGAUCAGAUCCCAGCAGGAAACUGAAGUGAGUCGAGUCAAAGAUGUUGAGGAGAAGCUGCAGCAGGAGAUCACUGAGCUGAAGAGGAAAGACGCUGAGCUGGAGCAGCUCUCACACACAGAGGAUCACAACCAGUUUCUCCUCAACUACCCCUCACUGCCAGCACUCAGUGAGUCCACACACUCAUCCAGCAUCAACAUCCGUCCUCUGAGACACUUUGAGGACGUGGCAGCAGCUGUGUCAGAGCUCAGAGAGAAACUACAAGAUGUCCUGAGAGACUCAUGGACAAACAUCUCACUGAUGGUCACUGAGGUGGAUGUUCUACUGUCAGAACCAGAACCAAAGAGCAGAGCUGAUUUCUUGAGGUAUUCAUGUGAAAUCACUCUGGAUCCAAACACAGUAAAUGCAGAGCUGUUACUAUCAGAGGGAAACAGGAAGGUGACACUGAUGGGUCAAUCUCAGUCUUAUCCCAGACAUCCAGACAGAUUCAGUCAUUACUAUCAGGUUCUGAGUAAAGAGAGUCUGACUGGACGCUGUUACUGGGAGGUGGAGUGGAGAGGAGGACCAACUAUCAUCGGAGUCACAUACAAGAAUAUCAGCAGAGUAGGAAUAGGAAAGGAAUGUUUAAUUGGAGAUUAUGGCAAAUCGUGGGCAUUAAAUUGUCAUCAUUCCAAAUUUGGUCACAACAACAUCUGGACCUCCGUCUUAGGUCCGGUUUCCUCCAGAGUGGGAGUGUACCUGGAUCACAGAGCAGGUAUUCUGUCCUUCUACAGCGUCUCUGGAUCCAUGACUCUGAUCCACAGAGUCCAGACCAGAUUCACUGAACCUCUACUGGCUGGAGUUUAUGUUUAUAACACUGGAUGUUCUGCCGAGUUCUGUAAACCCAACUAGAUUUUCUCUCUGAUCGCUGAUCAGGGUUCAUUAUUCUGAUGUCUGUUCUACUGUUUUGUUGCUGAUUUUUAUGGUUUAAGGGUAUUAAGUGAAGAAAACCACUGCUGAUGUUUUCUUUCAUUCUAACAUAACACAAGAAAAUCUAAACUUCUCUGGGAUCUCAUAGUUUUGCUUUCAUAUUUCUGUUGAGCUAUUAGGAUGUUGUUGUUGUUUAAAUCAACUGAGAUUGAAAUGAACUGAACUUACUUCAUGUUGAUUUCUUUAUUGUGAGUCAAAGAAACUACCAUAAACUUAGAACUGUUUUCUUGUAAAUCUUUAUGUCAAUAUCAGUAAAAUAAAUGUCUGCUGUUGUGUCUCUUUGGCUUUCUUCAAUAAAGCAACUUGAUUACAGAAACACUUUGACU